UGAUAGUGUUACGCAUUGGAGGUUGAAGAAUUUGUGGUUCAACUCAUGACCACUUAGGAAAAACGAAGUGGGAAUCUCUUGAGGGACUCGCUCUUUUUUUUUUGUUUGGUAGUGCCAAUUACAAAGGGGUCUCUCUAAUCUCUACACUUGCUGUACUCUCGUGUGAAAUAUAAAACCUACCUGAAGAAGACAAAGAGAGCAACGUGAAGGGGCCAAAGGGAAGGUGGGACUUUUUAAGACAAACAAAGGAUACAGAAAUGGGGUGGGCAAUAGCUCUUCAUGGAGGCGCUGGUGACAUCCCACUUUCUCUGCCCCCAGAACGUCGCCUCCCUCGUGAGGCUGGCCUCCGCCACUGCCUGGACGUUGGCAUCACCGCUCUCAAGGCCCAUAAGCACCCCUUGGACGUUGUUGAACUUGUGGCCCGUGAACUGGAAAACCACCCACAUUUCAAUGCUGGCAAGGGAUCUGUCCUAACCACUGCAGGUACAGUUGAGAUGGAAGCUUGCAUCAUGGAUGGCAAGACAAAGAAAUGUGGAGCUGUUUCUGGUCUCAGCACUGUUGUUAAUGCCAUAUCCCUUGCACGGUUAGUCAUGGAGAAGACUCCUCAUAUUUAUCUGGGAUUUGAUGGUGCUGAGGCCUUUGCAAGGGAACAAGGUCUUGAGACUGUUGAUCCCAGCUAUUUUAUCACUCCAGAAAACAUUGAAAGGCUCAAGCAGGCACAAGAAGCUGAUAGAGUUCAGAUUGAUUACACUCAACCAGUUCAAAAAGAGGUGAAGAAUGGUGCUGCAGUUGCUAAUGGUGAUAGCCAAAUUGGCACCGUUGGAUGUGUGGCUGUUGACGUUGAAGGGAAUUUGGCUUCUGCAACAUCUACUGGUGGACUAGUGAACAAAAUGGUGGGUAGGAUCGGGGAUACGCCAAUAAUAGGUGCAGGGACUUAUGCAAACCAUCUCUGUGCUGUUUCUGCUACAGGCAGAGGAGAAGCAAUAAUCCGUGGUACUAUUGCAAGAGAUGUUGCUGCUGUUAUUGAGUUCAAAGGUCUUUCCCUCGUGGAAGCUGCGGCUUAUGUUGUAGACCAAGUUCCCCCAGGCAAUGCUGGGUUGGUUGCUGUGUCAUCCACCGGAGAAGUCGCCAUGCCAUUCAAUACCACCGGCAUGUUUCGUGCUUGUGCUACUGAAGAUGGAUAUUCAGAAAUCGCCAUUUGGGAUUCUCCAUCAAAGUAAGCAAUUGAUGAGUUUUAGCUAUUUACAUUCAGAGCAGUUGCACAAAGACAAUCAUGGAUCAAAGAGGAAUAUGUUUGAUCACAUUAUAAUACAAAGUGUAAUGAUAAUCCUUAUUUGCAUCACCGCCGGUGUCCCUUCACUGUGCUUUCCGUUUUUAUUCACUUCCAGGAUGCUUAACGUGUCAAAACUAUACAACUUCACAAUCUUUUCCAGCAACCCUUUUCCCUCCUCCUCGGAGGAGAAAGGGUAACCAAUGAACCCUGCCAAUUUAUU